AUCCUGUGGAGACCACUGCAGACCCUCCCGAGUCCUGUCUGCUCAAAUAACUGUUUUUGACCCUUUCUCUUUCUUUCUCUUCUGACUCAAACACCUCUUUUAACCCUCUGAAAAUACCCGGAUUCUCUCAUUUAUUAACACCCUUCAAUCACCUAUACACACACAACACAAACAUAUAGACACAACAGAAUGGCCUUGCUCCAAUGCCCACUCCACCCUUCUGCUUAUACCCCCCUCAAGUAUCCAAGAUUGCAGCUUCCCAAUUGUUUGCUGUCUGUGUCGAAUAGUUUUGCACAAGUGAAAAAGUCAAAGUCUUUGGUUUUCAAUCAGGCUAGUAAUAUUGGUAGUGAUAAUUCUAGCUCCUCUCCUGUGUCUUUUAGUGAGUUGAUUGAAACAUUGAUUGCUGGUGUGGAUUUAUCGGAAUCUGAAGCGGAGUCUUCUCUUGAUUUUCUGCUGAAUGAUGCUAAUGAGGCGUUGAUCAGUGCUUUUCUUGUUCUUUUGAGAGCCAAAGGAGAGACAUAUGAAGAAGUGGUUGGGCUGGCAAGGGCAAUGAUUAAGCAUUGCCUGAAGGUUGAAGGUUUGAGUGAUGGGGUUGACAUAGUUGGGACAGGCGGGGAUGGUGCAAAUACUGUCAAUAUAUCGACAGGUGCUUCAAUACUUACUGCAGCUUGCGGUGCAAAAGUUGCAAAGCAAGGGAAUAGAUCGAGCUCUUCUGCUUGUGGAAGUGCAGAUGUACUGGAAGAAUUAGGGGUUGUAAUAGACUUGGAACCUGAGGGAGUGAGAAGAUGUGUGAAUGAAGCUGGAAUUGGUUUCAUGAUGUCUCCAAUUUACCAUCCAGCAAUGAAGAUUGUUAGACCUGUGAGGAGCAAGCUGAAAGUGAAGACUGUAUUCAACAUCCUGGGACCAAUGUUAAAUCCUGCACGAGUACCUUUUGCAGUUGUUGGAGUAUACAAGGAAGAGCUUGUCAUGAAAAUGGCAAAAGCACUUCAAAGUUUUGGUAUGAAAAGAGCAUUAGUUGUCCACUCAGAGGGCCUAGAUGAAAUGAGUCCUCUUGGGCCUGGGCUAGUUCUCGAUGUCACCUCAGAUAAGAUUGAGAAGUUUCUGUUUGACCCAUUGGACUUUGGGAUGCCUCGCUGUACACUGGAUAGUUUGCGAGGUGGAGGACCAGAAUACAAUGCAGAGAUUUUAAGGAGAGUUCUAUCUGGUGAAAAGGGCUCGAUAGCUGAUGCAUUUGUGCUUAAUGCAGCAGCAGCGCUCUUGGUCAGUGGACAUGUCAAGUCUCUGGCUGCUGGGGUGGAUCUUGCUCGUGAAACACAAUUAUCAGGCAGGGCUGUAAAAACUUUAGAUUCAUGGAUAGCUGUCUCGAAGAAGGCCAAAGAAGCAGCUUCUGAGUACUGCCUGUCUACUUGAGUAUUACUUGUGCAAAGGCAGAAUGAAAGCAUUGAAUAUAUACCGGAGAAUAUCUCCUUUACAAGAAAUUGAGCUAAUAAUAAACGUGGAGGUUAAUGUGUUUCUAGGGCAAGAUGGAGAAGUGAUCUUUUUAUUUCAUUUUAUAUCCGGAAUUCAAAUUUGUUAGAAACCAAUUUUCAUGAUAGUUGGAAUUUUAAUCUCCAUAAGUUGCGAUAUACUGUUACCUGGCUUGUAUGUCAGUAUGUAUAAUGUUGCCAUAUAUCAAAGAAACUCAUUAUAUGCA